AUGCAUAGCCCCGGCAGCAACCACCGCCCGUUCAGCGCGUCGUCGCGCGGCUACCCGGAGGCGCUGGAGAAGCUCGCCCUGCUGCAGUCCAACCGCGCGACCACGCAGCUCUUCGACCAGCGCAAGACGCCGCGCGAGCUCAACGCCGCGGCCAUCCCCGAGAUGCUCGACUGGCUGCGUCGUGCAGGCUACCAGCCCGCGGACCUGGCGCGCCUGCGGCACAUUCACGUCGCCGGCACGAAGGGCAAGGGCUCGGUGUGCGCGUACGCGACGGCCAUGUUGCGCGAGCACUACGCUGGCGGCGAAGGAGAUGGUAAAGGCAGCGUGGGCACGUACACGAGCCCGCACCUCGUCAGCCCGCGGGAACGCAUCGCCAUCGAUGGGGAGCCCGUCUCGCAGGACGUCUUCGCCUCGGCCUUUUUCGAGCUGUGGGACCGGUUCACCGCAUCAGCCAUCGCGGGAGGCAGCACCAUGUCCGCGGCAGAGGCCGAGGGCCCCGCGACGAAGCCCUUUUUCUUCCGGUUCAUGACGAUCCUCGCGUGGCACAUCUUCCUCACGCGCGGGGUGCGCAAUGUAGUGCUCGAGGUCGGCAUCGGGGGCGAGUUCGACGCCACAAAUGUGGUGCCCGCCGAGGCCGUCUCCGCGGCCGUCAUCACGCAGCUAGGCAUCGACCACGUCGCCAUGCUGGGCGAGACGGUCGAGGAGAUCUCGUGGCACAAGGCGGGCAUACUGAAACCCGGCGUGACGGGGUUCACGAAGCGGCUGGACGGUCAGCCUGGCGUCAUGGACGUGCUGCGCAAGAGGGCGGCCGAGAAGAACGCCACGCUGGUGGAAGUCGACGAUGAGGCUGUUGAGCGCUGGGCUGGCGUGGAGGGCACCCUGAAGGGUGCAUUUCAGAAACACAAUCAGGCACUGGCCGUCAUGGCCGUGCGGAAGCACAUAGGCUUGCAGGACAGCAGCCCUGAGGCUGCGUUGCGGGACCUAUCGCCGGAGCUCAUCCGCGGACUACAAACCGCGAGGCUACGGGGGCGAUGCGAGGUCGUGGACCAGGAGGACGCGACGUGGCUGCUGGACGGGGCGCACACGCGGGAGAGCCUCGACGAGGUGGCACGAUGGCUCGCCGCGUCGAUACAGCCCGGCGAGAAGCUGACGCUCGUCUUCAACCAGCAGGAGAGAGACGCCUCAGAACUUCUGAAAUCUUUCCUCGCGAGCGUCAGGCAAGAGACGGGCGGCCGGGGAGACGUAUUUAGCCAUGCGCUGUUCACGCGAAACGACCACUCGCGGCCGCCGCCCGGGGAGGUCGUCGACUUGAGCGUACAAGACGCAGCGGAGGCCAUGAUGAGAAGGCUGGUUCCAGACUGCCAGACGCAGACAAUGACCAGCAUAGAGGAUACGGUCGCCGAGGCAAGGCGCAUCGCGGGGCAGCAGCGGACUGGGUCGAAGCCAAAGGUGCUAGUCACGGGCAGUUUGCAUCUUGUGGGUGGUAUCCUGCGAGCCUUGGAGCCCGACGUUCUAUUGUAG